AUAUAUUCAACAUAGCGUCUUCUUCUCUCACGACGAUUGCAUUGCCUGUGCAAUACGGACUCCGGAAAUUGUCAUUGGGGAUUGGAGGGAGAGAUUUGUGCCUCGGCUCAGGAGAAUGGGUCGUGCUUGGACAUGGUGAGAUGUGGAGGGACAGGAAAGGACAGCCAAAAAAAACUCGCCGGCUCGGUGGCACCACAGAAGACUCUGUUGGCAGUGAUUUCGGUUGUUCAUGAGAAGUGAAAGGAACAUGCGCCAAGAUGAGCUAAUACUCUGCCGUACGGACCCCUUUCUACUACGGUAGAGCAUAUAGUCAAACUCGGCUGGAAACCAUCAUGGUGAGUUGUGAGUUACCUGUCAUUAACCUGAACGAGUGAGAACAGGUGAAACUGCACUCAGUGGUUGCAGAGGCUGCCAUUACUGUUACAUACAGGCCAUGUCUAUCACGUCUCUCACAACCUUUGUGUCGCAUGAUAACAGCGGGCAUCUCAGAAAUGGGCUCCAGGCCUACACCCGGCCUCAUGCUACAGCCAGAGUAUUACACAGGACAGUACCAGACUAUUUGAGAACUGGUCUGCUCCAGCGGGCCGCUUCUACGGCUUUCAGAGCCGAUCAGCUUGUCUUAGUAUCCCUUUCCAUCCGACAAAAGAAGGGCAGAGAAUGCUGCUGGUUGGGCCUGGUCGCGUCGCGUUCCACUACAUGCAAGGAAUGCCGUACCCGUGCCUCAACAAUGGAGCCGAAACAAUAACAGGUAGGAAUUUGUGCCAUGGACUAAACCUUCGGGCACUGUCUAUUCGCUGCACGAGGUUGAAAAUUUCCCUGCCUACACUGAAUUCGCAGUCCUCGGGUCUUACAAUGGCCUCUUCACUAUGGCCUAUGAGAAGCUCGGAAAGAAUCUACAUGGCUCUUCUACUUCUCUGUCUCUUUUACAUAUUCCUAUCCAGCCCUAUAUUGAAACAUGCCGAGUCAAUCGUCAAGCCUGCCUGGAAAGCUCCUACGAUCAGCGAUAUCAGCGAAUCUUCAGACCUUGGGAUUGAGGAGACAGUCACGUUGGAGGGAGAAUCUUCACAUGAUUUCGGUGAUGACAUUGACGAACAUACCACUGCUGCUGUUACGGUCGACCCUGGAGAAGAGAAGGUUUCCUUGCCGUCCGUACCUACAGCGGCAGAUUUGGAUGAAUCACGAAUGGGUGCGGUAGGGCCAUACAUCGCGGCCAUAAUGGACCCAAGGGAUACACACUUCGAUCGGCUUCAAUGUCCACGGCCUCUCAAGGACCGAUACAAGAUGUUGCGGCAGAGAGAGAGCCUCCCGUACGAUAUCCACCAACCACAGAAACGGUUCUUUUUUGCACUCAAUCUGUACCAGUGUGCUUAUGUGCUACCACGGCUUCUUGGCUCGGUUGUGGAAGCAAUGCGCUUUCUCGGCCCGGAAGACUGCGUUCUAUCCAUCGUCGGCGGCCGCUCCGACGACGGCACAACAGAGAUACUGGUGGCGCUAAAGGAUGAAGUCGAGGGUUUGAACGCAACCUACUACUUUGGGACGAGCGACAUUGACCCCUUGAAAAGUGGCAAUGAUCGGGUGACGGAGCUCGCAAAGCUUCGGAAUCUGGCGCUGGCUCCGCUCAUCGCUCAACACGAAGAGUAUGCAAGAGAUACCUCCGUUAUUUUCUUAAAUGACGUGUCAAUCUGCACAGAUGACAUCUUGGAACUCAUCUAUCAGAAACAACACCAACGAGCCGAUAUGGUUUGUGCCAUGGAUUGGAACAACAAUGGAGACACUUUCUAUGACUCUUGGAUAGGUCGCAGCAUGAAUGGAGACUUGUUUGUGGAGGUUCCCCAGAGCGGAUCAUUUGAAUUCUCGCAUAACCUGUUCUGGAAUGACAGGAAGGCGCGCUCUCAUAUUGAUGAUAAGCUACCGCUUCAAGUCUUUGCUUGCUGGAACGGGGCCGUGGUCUUCCAAGCGGAGCCUUUACUGUCGCAUAGCAUCAGGUUUCGGGCUGCUUACAAAGGUGAAUGCUAUUCUGGCGAGCCGACCUUGUUCUGCAAAGACCUGUGGACUCUGGGGCAUGGCCGGAUUGCUGUUAUUCCCAGCGUCAACGUUGGGUACAAUGAUGAUCAGUCUCGAGGAGUAAAGGCAAAGCACGGAUACGCUUCCGGGAACGUCCAACAGACAGAACACGACAUGGGACUGUCAACAGAAAUCGACUGGAAGAAAUCACCUCCUCAGCUUGUCAAGUGUCAGCCAGAUUGGACGCAUUCUUCGUGGGCACCGUGGGAUGAGGCGGCCGGGGACCAUGUUCCCUUCGACUGGUCGCGAUCUGGAUAUUUCAACGCCAAAAAGCCCUUUGAUAAGGAUCUUGAGUUUGAGAAAGAUGGCAAAGAUGGAGCCGUUGGCAUCGGACGUUGGAAACGAUGGCUGUAGCAUUGCAGCUUAGAGUCCCAGCGACUAAAGCGAGAAUUAGGCGUUCAGGAUUCCGGCAUGAAGAUUGAGGCGAACGAAGCUACAGGCUUCGCUCUUUGCAUUGUUUGUUCUUGGGUGUAGAAAUUAGAACGACGGAAGCGGC